UAUAAGCAAAUAAUUAAAUCAAAAAAUUAUAAACAAAUAAUUAAUCAACAAUGAAUUUCAAUAAAAUAUUCUUAUUCGUUGCUCUCGUCGUAUUCGCUUUCAGUAUGGGAGCUGAAGCGGGUUGGCUUAAAAAAAUUGGCAAAAAAAUUGAAAGAGUUGGUCAACAUACCAGAGACGCCACAAUUCAAGCGAUUGGUGUUGCUCAACAGGCAGCAAAUGUAGCGGCGACUUUAAAAGGAUAAAGGAUAAUUAAAAAUAUUGACUUAAGAACAAAUUUAGUUUUAAUAAUUAUUUAUUUAU